AUGAGCCCGAGAUUUCAGAGAGGCUGUGGUACUGGUUUAUAAACACAGCCAGACUAAGCUCCGCCUCACGUCGAUGACUCGGCCAGGUCACCAAUAUGAGUGCAGAGUGUCGAGUGUGAGACACAAGUGAAUGAAGAAAACCCUCCCGGAGCCAGAAUGUUGCUUUUGGCUACAAAAGGUCUCACUGGAGCCGGACAGGUCAUAACAGGGACCCGGCAGGGAUUAAUGGCAGGUGGCAUGUGCCAGUUUUCUUCUUGGAGACAAUGUACCGUUGUCCAUAUGAACAGAAACACUGGCCAGUUCUUUCAUGUAAUCAACCAUAACAGAUGCUUUAGUGCUAAGGCUGCCCUUCAGAAUGCUUCAUCACCCAAAGCUAAUCAGAAAACCCCUUCCUAUAGUUAUAUCAUUGUUGGGGCCGGCUCAGCGGGAUGUGUUCUUGCCAACCGCCUCAGUGAGGAUACCCAUGAGUCGGUCCUGCUGCUGGAGGCUGGGCCCAAAGACAUGUUUCUUGGCAGCUUACGACUUUCAUGGAAGAUCCACAUGCCAGCUGCUUUGACCUACAACCUCUGUGAUGACAAGUAUAACUGGUACUACCAUACUUUACCUCAGGCCCAGAUGAACAACCGGGUGAUGUACUGGCCAAGGGGCCGUGUGUGGGGUGGCUCCUCUUCACUCAAUGCCAUGGUGUACAUCCGUGGACACGCUGAAGACUACAACCGCUGGCAGAAAGAGGGGGCCGAGGGCUGGGACUACGAACACUGUCUUCCUUACUUCAGGAAGGCUCAGAGCCAUGAGCUAGGAGGAAACAGGUACAGAGGAGGCGAUGGACCUCUGCAUGUGUCAAGAGGGAAGACCAACCAUCCCCUUCACAAGGCUUUUAUUGAGGCAGGGCAGCAGGCAGGAUACCCGUUUACUGAUGACAUGAAUGGGCACCAACAGGAGGGUCUGGGCUGGAUGGACAUGACCAUUUACAAAGGAAAGAGGUGGAGCACAGCCAGUGCGUACCUGAGACCCACCUUGGGUCGACCAAACCUGAAGACCGAGGUUGGCUGCCUCACCACCAAGAUCCUGUUUGAAGGCAACGUUGCUGUGGGUGUAGAAUACACACAGAAUGGACAGAAGAAAAAGGUGUAUGCAGAUAAAGAGGUGAUACUGAGCGGGGGAGCCAUAAAUUCACCUCAGCUUCUCAUGCUGUCUGGGGUAGGAAACGCAGAUGACCUGAAACGUCUGGACAUUCCUGUGGUUCAGCACCUACCAGGUGUUGGUAGUAACCUGCAGGAUCAUUUGGAGCUGUACGUCCAGCAGCAGUGCACUCAGCCCAUCACCCUGUACAAGGCCCAGAAACCUUUCCACAUGGUCAAGAUAGGCCUGGAAUGGCUCUCCCUCUUCACAGGGUAUGGAGCGACAGCCCACCUGGAGAGUGGAGGUUUCAUCCGCAGCCGACCACACGUCACACACCCUGAUAUCCAGUUUCACUUCCUUCCCUCACAAGUCAUUGACCAUGGACGAGUCGCCUCCAAGAUAGAGGCUUAUCAGGUUCAUGUAGGACCAAUGAGAAGCACUAGUAUCGGUUGGAUGAAGCUGAAGAGCCCAAAUCCCCUGGAUCACCCGAUUCUACAGCCAAACUAUCUCUCAACUGAUAUCGAUGUGUGGGAGUUCAGAGAGUCUGUCAAACUUUCGAGAGAGAUUUUUGCCCAGAAGGCCUUUGACAAGUUCCGGGGUCCGGAAGUCCAGCCUGGGCCUCAUGUCCAAUCCGACGCCGACAUUGAUGCUUUUGUCCGCCAAAAAGCUGACAGUGCCUACCACCCGUCCUGCACCUGCAAGAUGGGGUCACCAUCUGACCCAAUGGCAGUGGUCGACCCAAGCACCCGUGUUUUGGGUCUGGAGCGACUGCGAGUGGUGGACGCCUCUAUCAUGCCCAGUGUAGUCAGCGGAAACCUCAAUGCUCCAACCAUCAUGAUAGCAGAGAAGGCCGCUGACAUUAUCAGAGGUCACCCUCCUCUUGUUGACCCAGGAGUUCCAGUGUACCAACCACCAACAACUUCGCAGAGAUGAAGAAAGAGAACAAGAAGCUGAGGGAGGGGUCAUAACACCCACCCCAACAACCCCAAGACUACAUGAAAUGGUUUUAUGUAGUCAAUAAAGCCAUUAAAAACUGACAGUAGUUAAUCUCUACCUAGCUUCAAAGCAACAUGGUUUAAAACAUUUCCACCAAAAAGUUUUACAAGUUAUAUAACGCAGCACGAAUGUUUUACAUGGGUCAUUGGUUGCACUCGGGUAAUUUUGAAAGACAGAGUCUCUUCAAAACUUUUGUUUGAACAGUACAGCUGCAUUUCAGUCAACAGCCAAAGGCUUUUGUUAUCUUUAUGGCUCAUAUCCUACCAAUGAUCAGCCUGCAGACUGUUUACCCAAAUCGUCUGAGCAGCACUGUUUGUUAUGUCUGUUCAGAUAGCUUUUCAUCAGAUUAACAUACUUCCUUCCUGAAAACUUGCAGAUUCAACUGUUUCUGAGAACACUGUUUUUGUUGGUUUCUUGCAUGCAGUUUAGAUCAGAAAGAAGGUUUACAGAAAUUAACUCUGCUUCUUUGCUUGUCUUUGUUUUCAUUGUCUUCAAACAAAAUUUGAUGAGCCCAAGAAACUGAUAGCCUCCAAACAGAAUGGCCUACAUUUUCCUGGCUAUGCCACUCUGACCUAUUAACAUUACAAGACUACCCGGUCUGUUGCUCAUGCUCAAUCUAGUUGAAGAUUUAGUUUUGCCUCGUGAUAAGCUCUUUUAGAUAAAAUACUCAAAUAUAUUUUACACUAAAAACUGAACAAAUCUUCAUUGGUCAAUCUUGAGUUGACACAUUAUUUCCAUUGGGUACUGUGGAUGUAUGUUGAGUUGAAGAGUUAUAUAAAUAAAUAAUACUGAAAUAUAACUUGCUAGAAGGAAGGCUUAAUGUCUGACAAGUAUUGCACUACUCUGAAGUAUCUUAAUUGCUUUGACAAUUACUGUUUACAUGAUAUGAAGUUUUAUACAACACAACAUCUCCAACCGUUUGUGUACUAUUGAAGGAGUUACACAUUGAUCGUAAAGGGAACAUUGUUUUAAAAUUUAGCCUUUGUUUGCUCUUCUUCACCGUUGUUAAAAAGAAACAGGAAAACCAAUCCUAACCUUGUCCUCAGACUUGAUUUAGUGUUUCUUACCCACGUUUUCUGCAGGUCCAAUAUCAUUCAAGCAAAGAGUUUAACAUUUCAGAUUUUCUUUUGAACUUCUACAAAAUCUGUAUGAAAGUUGUGCCUUAAUGUAAAACUAUUUGUUGAUAUGUUCAAACAAAUGGGUUGAAAUCAUACAUUUCCAAGCUCAUUCAGUUGUAAUUCAUUUCAUAACAUGCCUUAUAUUAACACUGUGCAGAUUUGAUUUAGUAUUGGCUAAUCGACUGACCUAUACUAGUGAAAAAGUUCAGUGAAUAAAGCCGUCCGUUGCACAACAAA